CUUCUCUGGUAAGCGCAUUUGUCUCCGCUUUUUUUUUUUUUCCCUUCAGUCAAAUUUUCUCUUUCGAUUUUGAACCUUGGAGGGAGAGAUGGCUUGCAGCCUGUGGUGCGAAAGAGCUCAAAGUCCACCUUUGAUUCGUCCCAAGACUAAUGAGUGAUCUGAGGAUUGUCCUGUUGGGGAAAAACACAUUAGAAAACAACAAAGUGGGAAACUUAAUCUUUGAUAAACAAGUGUUUGGAAAGAAAACACCACAACCUGAUGUAGAGGAGCACAGUGAAAGACUGGAGGAGAGAAACAUCACAGUCAUCAACACCAAUAACCUGCUCAAAUCAAAAUUCACGCUACAAAAAAUAGCACAGAAAGUGUCUGUGUUUUCUUCUCCAGAACCUGAUGUGAUCAUACUGGUGCUGCAGCACAAUGACUUUAGUGAGAGGAAAAGAGACAGAUUACCUUCAGUGUUGAACUGCUUUGGUGAGCAGGCCAUGAAACGCACAAUGAUUCUGACCACUGAUGAUGAGCCACACAGUGCUAAGCACAAACCUGUAAAAGAAAAUGAAUUUAUUCAGCAAUUAUCUACACAAUGUGGAGGAAGAUGUCUUCAACUUCAAGACAUACAACGCUCUCAAAUACUUCAAAAUGUGGAUGAAAUAAUCAACCGUAGUAAAUUGUCAAAUCUAUAUAAAAGUUCUGAAAAUCAAAAGCUGAUCUUGGUGCUGUGUGGAUGUAAUGAAGAACUGAAAGCCUCCAUGUCAAAACUUUUACUGGGGAAAAAGAUGUCCAUAUCAGCAGAACAAGAGUUGAGAUCUGUGUAUGUGAUGGAGGAGGAGAAGAUUCAUGGACAACCAAUCAGUCUUGUCAAUCUUCCAGCUCUCAAUCAGCUCUCAGAGGAGGAAGUGAUGCGUCAUACUCUCCGCUGUGUGUCUCUCUUUGAUCCUGGAGUUCAUGUUUUCCUCCUCAUUAUUCCUGAUACUCCACUUACUAAUGAAGACAAAGCAGAAAUAGAGAAGAUCCAGAAGAUAUUUGACUCCAGAGAGCAUUUUAUUGUGCUCUUUGUCACAAGUCUCUCUGUUGAAGAACAUGUGACUGAUUUAAUCACAUCCAGCCCAGAAUCUGAGAAGUUAAUCAGUCUCUUUGGAGGUCAGCACAAAGUUAUUGGGUUAAAGGAACCUGAAAACUCAAGACAGAUCCCAGAACUACUGGAAUAUAUAAAGAACAUGAAGAUUGAACCAUAUUCACUUCAGAUGUAUGUGAAAGCUCAAGAGAACAGAGUCAGACGUGAAACAGAGGAGAAAUAUAAAGAAGAACUGAAGAAAAUGGAAAAAGAAAUUGAUGGGUUAAAGCAGAAGAUUCAGUCAGAGGGUUCUGACAAUAAUGCAGAUGAUGAUGAGUGUCUGAGGAUUGUGCUCAUCGGAAGGACAGGAAGUGGAAAGAGUUCAACAGGAAACACUAUCCUGGGUAGAAAUGAGUUUGUGAGUCAAGCAAGAACAGAUUCAGUGACGACUGUUUGUGAGAAGGGAGUUGGUGAAGUUGAUGGUCGAUCAGUAGCUGUUGUUGAUACUCCAGGACUCUUUGACACAUCACUGUCAAAUGAUCAAGUGAUGGAAGAAAUAGUGAAAUGUGUUUCACUGUCGUCACCUGGACCUCAUGUGUUUGUCAUUGUGUUGAGUGUGGGAAGAAUCACUAAGGAGGAAACAGACACUAUAGAUCUGAUAAAGAAGAUCUUUGGUCCAAAAGCUGCUCAGUUCAGCAUCGUUCUGUUCACUAGAGGAGAUGAUCUCGAUGGUAAAUCUAUAGAAGAUUAUGUGAGGGAAAGUAACUCUGCAGAACUGAAGAAACUGAUCAGAGAUUGUGGAAACAGAUUCCUGGUUUUCAAUAACAAAGAAAAACAAGACAAAACUCAAGUGAUUCAACUGUUAAACAUGAUAGAAGAGCUGAAAAAUACUAAUGAGGGUCGAUACUUCACUAACAGCAUGUUUGAGGAGGCAGAGAUGAGCAUUAAAAGAAGAAUGGAGGAAAUAAUGAAAGAGAGAGAAGAAGAAAUUCAGACUCAGAGAGAAGAAUUACAAACCAAAUAUGAGAUGGAAAAGGAAAACCUGAUGAAGAGACUCGAGGAAGAGAAACAAAGAGCAGAUGAGGAGAGAAAGAAAAUGGAGGAUCAAUAUAGAGAAAAAGAGGAAAACUUUAGAAAAGAGAUUGAAGAAAAUGAGAAAAUUAAACAGAAAAAACGAGAGAUUGAAAACCAGAAACGAUCAGAAGAGGAAAAACAGCAAAGAGCUGAAUAUCAUCAGAAAAUAGAAGAGAUGAAGAGAGAGAUUGAAAAACAAAGAUUACAGUAUGAAAAACAGCAAAAAGAAAGAGAAGAAAAAAAUCUAAAGAGAAAAGAGAAAUACAGAAAAGACCAAGAAAAGAUGAAAAAUGAACAAGAGUGUAUGAUAGCAGAGUUAAAGAUUAAACAAGAAGAAGAGAUAAAAAAGAGAGAACUGGAGGAGAAAAGGAGGAUUGAAGAGGAGGAGGAGGAGAGACAGAGAUGGAAAAUAAAAAUAAAAGAGGCUGAAAAUGACAGAAAAGAGACUCAAGAAGAAAUUAAACGACAGCAGAGAGAAUGGGAGGAUGAAAAGAAACAACAGAUGAAAGAACGAGAGGAAGAGGAAAGAAGGAGGAAAGAGAAACACGAGGAACAACUGAGAGAAAAACAAGAAGAACUGGAGAAAAUGAGAAAAAGAUUUGAAAGAGAGAGAGAAGAAGAAAGACAGAAGAUAGAGGACGAGAGACAGAAACAGAGAAGAGAAAAAGAGAGAGAAUAUGAGGAAAAGAAAGCUGAAAUUGAAAGACUUUUUAAGCAGCUAGAACGUGAGAAAAAAGCAGAGUGGGAGAGAAGAAAAGAUGAUGAUGAGAGACGAGAAGAAGAGAGAAAGAGGUGGAAGGAAAUGAUUGAAGAUCUGAAACAAGAGCGAGAAGAGAUCAAGAGAAGAGAAGAAGAGGAGAAGGAGAGAAAAGAAAGAGAGGAGAAAAAGAGAGAUGAAAUGAAAAAGGAAUAUGAAGAGGAAAUAAAAGUCAUAAAGAAGAAACACGAAGAUGAAGCCAGAAAACAAGCAGAAGAGUUUAAUGAGUCGACAGAAAGAAAACUGCAGCAUGUUCUGGAGCUCACAGAGAUGAUUAAAGAGUGGCAAGAAGAAAAACUGAAAAAUAACCAGACUGUGCCUACAGAUGAGUGUUAACAACAUUAAUGUCUCUGUUUUUAUCUUCUGUAUUUACUCACCUUAAGCUAUUUGGUUUCAGUUGUCUUGCUGACAAAAUGAAAAAAAUUAAAAACAUAAAAAAGUGGUUAUAAAAUCAUUCCAACAGUCUGUUUUUCACACAAAAUUAAUCACCAACAAUAGUGUAUUUAUUUUUUCAUAUUGGCAUUUUGAUAUUGCUUGUAUACUUCAGUAUUUAAUAAAAACAUCAAAUAUUGCACAAAUAUAUAUAUUUUUUUUUUUUAAGGGGCGGUAUACGGGCACUAUGUGUGCGUCAAGUGUAUGUGUGUGUGUGUUUCUUGCGUAGUUUAAAUACAAAUAUCUGACUGAUAGCUUUUAAUGUAUAAAGAACCCUACAAGAAGACGUCCAAGGAACAUUCUCAGUGGCUAUUCAGGAGGCAUUCUAUUUGGCUAAUAAUUGCCCAGAUCCAGCAGGCCAGAAAAAUGAUUCAGCCCAGUUGGACGUGGGAUGAAUGAUGCCCCAGAAUUGGCCCAAACACUGAUAUGAGUCAGGAUGCCAAAACUGCCUGCACUAGGCUACAAUCACACUGACAAGGAUUGAACACUUGGCCUGUACUGGCCCAAUCUAGGUACUAAAACUGAGCUGACACUGCCAGCACUGGGCCACAAUCACGCCAACCAAAAUGUUACACUUAGCCGCUGCUGUACUUAUGGA